AUGCGGGUGGAUAAUCUGGAGACGCAAGUGUGGGAUGGAACUCCAGCUUCCCCGUCCCCACCUUCUAAGUGUUUGGACGUGAUUGAUUUGGAUACUCCAAAGAAAGAUCCGGUUAAGCAGGAGUCUCUGGAGCCAGAAACCGUCCCAUCCUCAGCCCCGCUGCUUGCAGAGCCAGUCCCACACUCGGGCCCAGAGCCCAUGGAGUCAGAUCCCCCUGCAGAGCCAGAGCCGCACUCAACCCCGCCAGCCCCAUCCUCAAUCCAGCCUAUGGAGCAGGAACCACCCCCGCUUGCAGAGCCAUGCACAGACUCACCGGAGCCAACCCCGAAGCCGAACCCAACUCACUUGCGUUACAAAGAGGACUUGACUCCAGUGAAGCAGGUGCUCACGCGCAAUGACCAACUCUCCAUGAAGGCCGCAGCAGCGGAUGAGGAGGGCGGUGGCCGCGGCCGCGGCCGUGGCCGCGGAAGAGGUCGUGGAAAGAAGAAGGCUGUUGUGCCUCCUGCAAGCACAGCGAGUGCUAAGGAUGCAAAGCAAGCUCAGGCCGAUGAGUGGGGUGAUGAGUGGGGUGAUGAUUGGGGUGAUGAGUGGGGUGAAGAGUGGUGUGAUGAGUGGGGUGAGGACUGGAGUGCCGGGUGGGGUGCUGAGUGGGGUAACGGGUGUGAUGGGUGGGGGGCAGAGGCUGCGGCUUCUAAUCCCAGCAAGCUUGGCAAGAAGAAGCGUGAACGCCAAAGCAAGAAGGCCACUGAGGAGCCAUCAGUGGCUCCAGCAAAAUCCACCCCGGAAGACUCCAAGGCUGCAGGCAAGCCAAAGGCCAAGGCUGUGGGCAGGGCCAGAAAGGGCUCCGCAGAUGUGGCGGCUGCGGCUGUGGACGACGAUGAUGGGUUCGAGUACCCGCAAACGUUCUCUCGGCGGGCUUGCCCGCCGUUGAAAGGAAGUGAUGCCUACGUGUUGUGGCGAGCCAUCACAAAGAGCUUCUAUGAUGGGGUCUUGCCGACGAUUGAGCGCGGGUCCCGCACCGUUGCAGAGGCUACGUAUUGGCAAUACUCCCGCAUCCGCUGGCAGCAGAGUGGACUGAACCCCGGAGACGAGGGUUUCAUGGAGAUGAUGAACAUGGCUGCUUCGGAGUUUGUGGUUCUUCAACCUUCUGCGGCAGAGGUUUUCGUGCUGUGCGUUCUGCUGGUCCUCUGGAACAAAGACAUCAUUUUCCACAAGGACACAUCCCAAGAGCUCGACUUCAUAGAGCAUUUUGCUGGCUCAGCGGUACUGACCGAUGAGGCUCGGGGCUUCGGCUAUCAGGCAACAGCCGUGGAUAAGAUCUAUGGGCAUCUACCGGAUAUGCAUAUGGAUGGGCUCCUUCAAUUCUUCGACUCCGAAACCUACGUUGCUGUGGUCGUCGACAUCAGCUAUCUCGGGCUUUUGGACCUGCAGCUGACUCUGCUGGCCGACCAAGACAAGGAGAUGCCAGUGCUAUCUGAUGUUUACAUGGAACUAUCCGAUGCUGAAGAUGACGACACCUUGAAGGCUCAAGAUGACCAGCAGAAGAUGCUGCUGCAGUUGGUCCAGGCCCAACAGGACCCUGCAAGUGCUGCGGAGACCAAGCCCGACGAUGGCACAUCCGAUGAGGGUGUGGAUGAUGAUGACGACGAUGUUCAUGAUCUAUGGCUGCAGCACGGAACGGUCCGCGACGGCCUGGUGGAACUUCUCUCGAAGUGUGACGGGAAGAAGGAGGAUUUUCUUCGGCAAGUGGAAACCUACAAGGAGACCCUGCGCUACCGGGAUCAGGGAACCGACGGAGGGUUCUAUACACGGGGUGAUAUGAUCAAGAAGGUUGCUGACGGAGGAUUAGGAUGGAACUACGCGGAUAAGGUCAUCGCAUGGUGCCGGGCCCACCCCACUGGUACUAUCAGGAAAAACAAGUACGACGACGACCUCGAGGAGUUCUGGGCGGAGAAACGUACGUGUGGGCGCCAGGGGCUCUCAGAGAAGGAAGGACUUCGAGAGAGCAGCAGCGCAACCGGGGCAACGAACAGCCUCGAGAUCGCCGGCAUGCGCGGCAAUCUCGACAAAGCCUGGGAACGGGACGGGGACGGGAAGUGCUCUGUCGAAACCGCCAGGACUGCAACUGUACCCGCAUAUGCUAUGUUAAAGUUCAAAUCCUACUUCAGUAAGGUUGCACUCAGGAUAGAGGAAUCAUGCUUCAUCUGA